GACAAGAGAGAACUUUUAGUUCAGUUUGAGAAGUGUGCGUCGUGGUGCUGGCGAGGAAUUUGUUCCGACUGCAAUGGCUCCAUUCGGGAAGAACUUCCUGAAAGCUCGUCUGAAAAACAGGACAAAAGACAGCGAGUCCGUCGCUGGGAAGGAGAUCCAGGUGACGGUAUGCAAUGAGGAGAAGGUGGUCUGCGGCGUGUCCAAGCACACCACUUGUGCCGACGUGGUUCAGGCAUUACUGGAGGAUCACAAAUCUGUCCCGGAGAGCAAGCGACUCCUCCACGGAGAGCCCAAAGACUUCAGUCUGGUGGAACGUUACAAGGGUCUCGAGAGGGUGUUGCCGCCCCUCAGCAGAAUCCUGAGGCUGUGGUAUGCCUGGGGGGACCAGAGACCCUUCAUCCAGUUUGUCCUAGUCAAAAGCAGCGAUGUUGUGCCUCAGCGUGCUAUGAAGCCUACAAAGAACCGAAGUAGAUAUUCUAGGAACCCUCAGGCUCUUCCUGCGGAAAAGCAGAAACGUGUAGUGAGGAAGGCCUUCCGAAAGCUAGAGAAAAUCCACAAGGAGAGCAAGACAUCUGACAGUACUGAGGAGAUUGAUCGCAUGGUGCAGCUCAUCCUCAACCAGGACCAAACCAUUCGAGAGCAGAUCCAACGCAUGGAGGAUCUGGAAGUAGAGUUUCAACAGUUGCAAGGGAAGGAAGACCACCAUGGCGAGUUGGAAGCUUCCGCGUUGGACUCGGAGGAGCUUGACAAGCUGCUGCAAGCCAGUGACGAUGUCCAGAAGCUGGAGCUUCAGGUCCAUAGACAGCAGGCCCUCAUAGUACAGCUCUGUCGCGACAUAGACGCCGAGCAGAGGAUGGCUGCGGGUUGCGAGCCGGAAGGCGCGUCAGCCAUCCCCUGGAUCCCCACGGAGGCCGACGAGUCCAUCUUGGCUGAGCUGGAAAGGAUGCAAGCGGAGCUAAGGCGCAGCUACCUGGCCGGCGUGUCCCUCCAUAGCCAGGCGGCUGAGGUAGACAAGCAAAUCCACUGCUCUGAGGCCACCUGGCUCUCCAGGGAUCAAGAGUGCUGGCAGUUGGCCGCUGAGCUCAGAUCGCUGCAAAUGAGCGAUGACGCCCAGGAGAUCGCCGACGGAAUCGCAAAGGUGAGAAAUGAGGCCACCACGGUCAAACACGUCACAUUCCCCAUGGACAUGACCGACACGGACUCGGAUACCGGUAUCAGCUCCACGCACAGCCAGGACUCACUGUCCCCCGGCCUGGACUUCCCUCCACCGCUGGACACGGACGUCUGAAGAUGUCAAGAGAACUACUUUUGAAGAUGUCUGGGCACAGAAUUGAAGGAUGUCUCUACCACUGGACUGAAUGUGUAAAGAAUGUCUGGACGUCAAUAGGAUGUCUGUAGACAUCGGGACAUGAACAUUUCAAGGUGUCUGGAAACAAAGAAUGUAAUGUUUCUGCUACAAGUGAGACCAGACGUCGAAAGAAAGUCACUUAUCAUUGAACACGGACAUACAUGAAAAUGUCCAAAUGUCUCCACCACUGGAAAGAGAAGUCUAAAAUAUUUCCAACACCAUCUACAGAAACCAGAAGGGCUGAAUGUAGAUACAGUAAUUUUAUAUUUCUAUUUCAAAGCCAUACUGCACUUAAGAAUGUCCUUUUACAGUGUUUUUUUUUAAUUAAAAGUCACUAAGAUGCACUGUGUAUAUGAGAUUUAUAUCAGUUUAUUAUUGACACAAUUGUACAUAUGCUUAUUUGUUUCUAUAUUGUAUCCACUAUGCUUUGUAAAUCUCACGACACCCACAAACACACUAGAGUUGUACAAAAAUGAUAUAUUUAUUUAUCCUGCAAUUUUAUUCCACGCCAAUGAAGUUGAAAUGUCCAUUCAAGCUUUCGUAAUAAACAAAUGAAAAUGUGACACCUA